AUGGGUUCAAUUCCAUAUUUAGUCACCGCCUCUGUAAGAAGCAGAAAUUUUUCCGUUAUUGCUUCCAUGAAUAAAUAUGGAAUGAUCAUGAAAGAAUUACACAAUGGACCAAUAAAUGGAGAAUUUUUUGUGAAUUACAUUGUUAACUUAAAAUCUGCGUGUAUUGACAAUGGAAUUGAAUCCCCAGUUUUUAUUAUGGACAACGCUAAAAUACACCACUACAAACUGUUAAAAUCAAAAAUGAGUGAAUUAAAUUUGGAAAUUUUAUAUCUACCACCAUAUUCAUCAUUUUUAAAUCCAAUUGAAAAUGUUUUUUCAAAAUGGAAGAAUCAUGUAAUCAGAGGAAAUGCAAAAAAAGAAAAUGAAUUGUUUAUUUUAAUUAAUGAGGGCUUUGAAUCAAUUACAGAAAAUGGUUGUAAUGGAUUCUUUCGAAAUAUGUUACAUUAUGUAGCAAAAUCAUUGCAAAAAGAACUGAUCCAUUAG